AUGGAGCCAAGCACGUGCGUCUUGGUGCCCUGCCACCCCAAAAAAGCCACCACCCAGCCCAACACCUCUGCCAAAAGCGCCAGCGACCUCUUGGUCACCUCCUUCCUCAGCUGCACCCUGGCCACCAUGUGCAUCGUUGGGUUGGUGGGAAACAUCUACAUGCUGGUGGUCAUCACCAUCUCCACAAGUUGCACCAGCUCGGUGUAGAUCAUCACCUUGGCCCUGGCUGAUCUCCUGUACUUACCCACCGUCCCCUUCAUGGUCUGCAUAUACUUUGUGUGGGACCGGUACUUUGGAGACCUGGGCUGAAGGGUCCUCUUCAGCCUCAACUUCCUCACCAUGCACACAAGCAUCUUCAUCCUCACCCUCAUGAGCACUGAGUACUACCUGGCCAUUUUCAGGCCUCUGGACACCCUGCGCACGUCAAGCGACCACCAGCAGGUGGUCAUCUGCCUGGUGGGGCUGGUGGCCUUCCUCUUCACCCUCCCCACUAGGAUCCUCAUUGACCUGCACACCAGCCACUGCAACGGGGCCACCAAGCAUCUGUGCUGCCCCACGUGGCAGAUGGGGACUUACAAGGUGUAUCUCACAGUCAUCUUCAACAACUGCAUCCUCGCCCUGAGCGUCAUCAUCUGCUGCUUGUACACCAAGCUGGCGAGGACCUACUGGAGGUCCUGGCAGGGUCUUGUUCUCAGCACCGAUGAAACCAGCCAAUGUCCCAGGCAGAAGGUCCUGUGUGUGAUCGUCAGCAUCGUGCUCGCUUACUGGGCUCGAUUCCUGCCCUCCUGGCUGCGGCAGCUCUUCAGCAUCUCUUGGUACGAGCAGGGGGACCGCGGCAGCACCACCGUCAUCUCCAUCAACUUCCUCUUUGGGAGAUGCAGAGGGAGAGCUUUGAAAUCCACUGAAGUGGAACUGCAGACACUGCUUUUUUUCAUCCCCCUGGUCAAAUUUGUCUCACCCACGUUGGCACACCGAUGUGGGUUCAGGUUAAACCCUUCUGACAGAGGACACGGUGCUGCUGCCGUUUGCAUGAGGCCGGUAAGAGAUAUCAACUACGGUAAUAAAUAA